GUCGUCUGUAACCUUCCUUCCGACGCACUCUGCAAAAGAACUUAUUGAGAGAAUGGCGCGAGCAUGUCGGCGGAACAAUAUGGCGCCAGACUUCUCGAGGAUGUGCAAGAGGAGUGUCUAGAACAGUUUCUUGCAGAGGUCAGACUCAGAUCAUCACGCUCACAUCUACAUCCACGUACUCGCACAAGAAAUGUCACCACCACAUUCGAUCGGCUCGAAGCCUUGUUGGAUCCAUGGACUAUUGUACGACCAGAACCUUCGUCAACUCGACACACAGGAUUAGAAUCGCCAUCUUUUGUUACCACAGCACAAAGUCCGAUCACUCGUGUUGACCUGGUCGGUGAGGGCGAAGGCUAUGAAGAUGUCACAAGUGGUCGCAAUGACUACAACCGACGUCCUCCACCACAUCGCGGUCUCUCCUCAUCAACGGCAACGACGGUCGAGAUAACGUCGGGCAAAUCCUGUCGCGGCAAGACUACACUCCUCUAUUACCUUUCCGCAUUGACGGCACUACCCAAAACCCAUGGAGGUCGAGGUUCGGUGGUGGUUUACAUCGACUCCGACGGUGCCUUUUCAUCGACUCGUCUCCACCGAGUGAUGCGGCACUGUCUAAGCCCAUCUACACUGCACGCGCGAGAAGACACGUCGGUACGACCACUCGACUCUGAUGAUGAAUCCCUCGAGAGUCUAGCUCGCGAAGCUUUGAAUCACGUUCUCGUCUUUCGUCCUCAGUCUUCCUCGCACCUCCUUUCGAUCCUCGACUCCCUGCCGACCGUACUGCUCGAUCGGACCAAACAUUCCAGUAUCCAUCGCACGUUGGGCCUUUUGGUCGUCGACUCGGCCACUUCCUUCUACUGGCAAGACAGACUGGACAGGGACAUGGCCCGUCUUAUUCAGUCCAAAUCUCCAGGGUCUACACUCGACGUCGUACCCGAGACACGCGAAACUUUUUCUAGAACCACCCGGAUCAUCCAACGUUUGAAGAGUCUACAAGAGAGGUUCGAAUGCGCCGUCAUAUUCAGUACGAAUUCUUCUUCUUCGUCGUCGUCGUCGAAAGCGAGUGCCACUGCUCAAGUCCAGUCAAAUCUACAACCACCGCCACCGCCGAAUGAAAACAACAACACACCAUCAAGGUCUCCUUGGACGAACUACGCCAGACUGACACUACACUUGGAAAAGACUCUGGUCCCACAGUUUGCCCCUCACAUGUCGAUGGACGAAUGUCUGCGGGACGCCGAGAAAAGGUUCGAAGCCGUGAAGGAUUCGAAAAUAACUGCCACCGUCACCACCAACAAACGUCACCACCAUCUCGAUCGAGGGGGUGAAGAACAAAGGAGGAGGCAAGAUCUUGGUUUUGCUUUCAAAGUCAACGAUGGCGGCAUCGAGUUUUGAAACGACACGCGAAGAUUCUUGAUCCUUUUCACAAAUCCCAAGAAUAUACUUCUUCGGCAGCUCCUCAAUGAUGGGAUCACCUCCCCCACGGUGAGAAACCAUGAGAAACCAAGGUUCCACGAAUUCACUUCGGCAUAAAAAGAUGUAAAGACUGGAUGACGGCAAUAUUGAGGUGCACAAUCACGAGUGACGAAAUGCUCAAGGGAUCCCAAGAGGAGCCUUUAAACAUUAAAGUAGAGCUUUGCUAUUCCUUCAUUCAUUCCUAAAGACUUGCUAGGAUGCAAUAACCUAUCCUAUGUACAUUUGUUGUAAUUUUAUAUAUGUAUAAAUAUAUCUAAU